AUGUGGCGGUGUUGUGGCCGAUUGCACGUUGCGUUGCUGCGGAGGCGGUGGGCCUUGACUGUUUCACCGACAGGCGUUGCAGUGCGGCUGCAUGGCGCACCGACAGCCCCGCCGUGCGAGUGCCACGCCCAACGCCAUUGGGACUGUGAGACGGAACAGCUGCGAGUGUCCUUUGGAGCCAGCGGCACCUGCUGGCCGCAGUUGGGCGGUGCGAAUGGGAUGCUUCACUGCACUGGUGUUGUGAUGGCGCCUUGCAGUAGCUCCAGUGAUGGUUCCGACGCUGCAGCUCGCAGAGGAGUUGAUGAAAGGCGGCGAACAAAGUGGACUCUUGACAGUUGGCGGCAUAAAUUACUGCUGGAGGGAAGCACUAGCAGGACCAACAUGAAGCUGAAUGAUUUCCUUCGGAAUUCUGUUGGCGGCAGGGUUCUGGACACCAAUGAGAACGUCACGAUGCAGGAGUUUUUUCAGGAUCCCGAGACGUUUAUCCAAAAUAAAAGGUUAUUACGCAUAAUAACGGCAUUGCCGUCAUACCAAUUGCUGGAAAGAGAGCUUAAUGAGAGGGAAAUACUAUUGGAGGCUAUUAAUAAGCUUCAUCACGAGGGUGUGUUCUCGAUUGAACAAUGGAGGGACUAUGAAGGAAAGGAUACAAUCACUCCUUUUCCAAAAGCAAAACUAAACGCAGUUCUCACGCAGGUACUGGCAGAAACGAGGCGGAAGGCAGAGGAAAGGCGAAGACGAACGCAAGAAAUGAAAUUUACCAUUUCCACUAAUACCGAAGAUGUACUGUUUAAAGGAGAAGUCCGCUACAAGGAAAUGAAGCUGAAUGAUUUUCUUACGAUGGAAUUGGACGGAGAGGGCAUUGUGGCUACCAAUCGGGAUGUCGUGCUGGAGGAGUUUUGUAAGGAACCGGCGAGGUAUAUCCACGAUGCGGGAGUACUGAACGAAAUAACGACAACAUAUCGUUAUUUGAGGAUGGAGGAGACUGUAAAGGAUGAAAUGGAUAAGGACGAAGAUGUACGCAAGCUUCAAUAUAAUCAUGUAAGUACUCUGCUGGGUUGGCUAGUAGCUGCUCCGGAGGUAAAAGAAAUUGUUCAUGGCAUCACUGAAAGUUUUUUGGAUGCAGCCCUUGAGGAGGUGAGGAACUCAAUGAGGAUGAGUGCAGCGAUGAAACUGGAGGGAUUGUACGAGUCAGUGCACAAUGCGAGGUGGAGCCAUUUGGUGGAACUUCCUGGCGGCGAGGGGACGGGACUGGAAGUGAGGGAAAGGGAACCACCACAGUCAUGGAGGCACAGGGCAGUUGGCAACACCUUCGAAAAGGAUGACGGUGCAGAGCAAUCCGGUGCAGCGCGUCCCAGACUGCUGGUGCUCACCUCGGACAGGGGAUGGCCGUACACGUGGAAUCGGAAGGGGGUGGAAUCCACUCGUGACUGCUACGUGAACUGUGAGAUGGAGCGAGCGUGGCAGAUCGUCAAGGGCGAUCUCACCGAGUGGUUCAGCCCUCACCCUGGGGCCUACUUUGAGCCCAAGCGGCGUGUGUUGGUUGGGACGCCCGGGAUCGGAAAGUCGAUGAAUGCCGGCUCGUACCUCCUCUACCAGCUGCUGCACUAUGAUGUCAGGAAACUCCAAAUGGUUGUUUACUUUAUUGCGGAUCGAAAAUUCCUGUUUGACAAGACCAGCAGGACGGUGUCGACAUACAUGGGCGACUCCAGUAAUGAGUCUUUUGUGGGGAGUCUGUCUGACCGUGGGAUGAAGGGGUAUAUUAUUUACGAUGUGGCAGAGCCGGAUGAUGAACCGUCUAGUGAUUUGCCUCCCAGGGGAUGGGGCAUGGUUUUGGUGUCACCCCCAUUCGAGGGGAACUACAAAGAAUGGGUGAAGCGGAGCGGUGCCACAAAAAUAGUUAUGAAUUGCCCUGGUGAAAGCGAUGUGAAGGCGAUGUGUGUUUGGAUGAGGCGCCAUCAGCCCGUGCGGGAGCA